AUGCCGGCACAAUCAGUAUUCAGUAGUGCUGAGAAAGCACUCUUGGAUCCACUCAUUGAUGGAUUUGAGAGAGCGAGAGACGUGUCAAAAGGAUCUAAGCGCACGAAUGGACCAGCAGUCUACAUCAGGACUACGGUAGUUCCAGUUUAUCUUACAGAAUUCCCAUGCACCAGCGACAUAGCAAGAGAGGCACGCAUAAAAAAUCAUAGCGGUGCACGCAGCAAGAAGUUAACUCAGCACAAAGCCGUCGUCCGUAAAGCAGUACAGCAGCUUGUCUCUGGAAACGGAACCAAGAGAUCCUACCGCCCCACCGAGUUGCAAGUAUAUUCGCGGCUGUUUUACGAUUUGAAGCUGCGCGAGAAGGUCGACGCACUCUGGAGCAUUGAGAAGGAGAACAAUAGCUCCCUGACCGACCGAGAUCGUCUGAAACAUCGCAAUAGGAUUGUUUCACAGCUAUAUGACGAGGAGUCUGACAAGGUGAAGGAAGAAGUACGAAAGUAUCUCAAAGAUGUGUCGGACGAGAGUGCUCCCAAGGAGAUGCCUUUGCCAGGAGAAGAGCACUUGCUGCCGGAAGAGCGCGAGCGUCUUAGUGCUGCUCGUAACAGGCAGCACUUGAUGUCAAACAUCCAACUCACAAUGAAGGAGCUCUGCACCACUAUUACUGAGGAGAGCGGAAUGGUUGUCUAUAUGAUUGCUGCUGGUCCAGAGCCUGCACGCGAUGGGCAACUACUUACAUGCACUAUUACAAACGGAAGGACUGUUGGAAGCAACCAAGCAUUUCCAGAAUUUUACAACAAUUUUGGUGACUUCGAAACGAAUGUGCGCAAACCAUUUAAGCAAUUUGCAGAACGAUGCUUCACUGACGCAGAAAUCCGUGCAUGCUCCCUGAAGCCAUGUACUUACCCAAAUGCUGAUACAGAGCCAUGCGGAUCUAAUAUCGAAGCUGAAGAAGUUCAAAUGGACAUUGUUGACUUUGAUUCUAUCAACGGAUCAGGGUCAGUAGCUCUUUCAACAUUUGAAGUGUCUCCACUAGCAUCAGGGUCGGUAGCUCGUCCAACACACGAAGUGUCUCCGCUAGGCACACCAACCACUCGAACAGACAGUUCUUCUUUGCUUGAUGGACUGGUCAAUUCUCAGCAUCGCUCAGGGAGUUCAUUUGAGCUCUCAGACGACUUUCGAUCCUUCAGCAGUUCACUUUCGCUUCCAGACGCUCUGGAGCAAAGUAUAGAACCGGACUUAUCAAUGUUUGAGGCGUUUAAUACUGACCAGACAAAUCCUCUUGGUCAGGACACCCUUGAACAAUUUGCAUCAUUCGUAACUGGAAUGACUUCAGCAGACAUGGCUGUGAAUGACAUUGGUGAUGGGUUACCUCCUAUUAGCUCUUGGGCACCACCACUACCUCACGAUUAUAGCGAAGCAGCACCAAAUGAUUUUACACAGGUCCAGGUGCCAGUACAGCAUUCGCUCGAUUUUCCUACUACUGUACCUCAAGGAUCACUUAAUGCUGAGGUACACUCUCCAUUACCCUUGCCUACUCUAUCCUCCCUGCUACCUGUCUCUGAGCAGCCUGUACCAAUGGAGGUGGAUGAUCUGCUGCUUCCUGAGGAGAUAUCAGUCCUCCCUAAAUGGAUGAAAGAGCACAUACAAGGCAUUCUCAAGGCUUUCACGAGUGCUGACGAGAUGUCAUUAGUAUCAAUGUGGGCAAAGUUAGAGAUCCAGUGUAUUAAUACUGCGUAUUCGAACAAACGACUCUCAAGAGGCCGCCCCACUGACAUGAGUAUGUGGUCAUGGACGUUAGACAUCAAUUCUGUUCCCUCUGUCAGUGACAUUGGGAUAUUUCAGCAACAGGCUUCCCAUUGGUGGGCAAGUUUACAGCCUCUGUCACGUCGGAUUUCAGGGGUAGACUGGCCACUUUCUCAGACAGUUGUUUCAGGGGAAGAUUGGAGUCAACUACGUAAGACUGGUAAAAACGGCAUCUAUCUCAUUGUAAUAAUGAUGUGGAUAUGGAAGUUGGCACUUACUGUGGAUCCGAGCCUCUGUAAAGAGUUCUACACAGACAUGACCAAGGAUAUCGCUUGGGCAUUCACAGCAAUGGCUGAUACAUUACCAUCUGUUACUCACAAGGUUACUAAUGAGACAGAUGUGCCUGAGGACUUAGAUGGGUCCCGAUCGCGGGGUGGACGUAUCAGGAAGCCGACUGAAAAGGCAAGGGUGUAG